CCUGCGUCGGCCUGGGGCGGGGAGGGGGUCAGUGGCCUGCCUGCAGGCCCUGCCGCUGGGGGGAAGAAGAGGGUCUGGCAGCGCCUGCUCCCACCUGUCCGGGCAGACCCAGAAGGGAGCCACUUUCUGGACUAUUCCACUGUCUCUUGCUAGUAGCCCUGGCCCACCUGCUCCCCUGGGCACUGUUGUUCUUUGUCCUGUCUGGGGCAGGACUCCUUUAGCGGUUAGGGGCCUGGGGGCAUCGGGCCGCUGCAGGAUUUGCGGGCUGUGGGGCGCAGCAGAGAGCAGCCCCCUGGGGACGCAGCGGGCCUUGCUCAGCACUGUGCCCUACCCAGCAGAGUCCUGCCCCGGACUGUGCUCUGCACGCUCCUCCGCAGCCAGGGGAGUCCCUGUGGGCCAGCCUGGUGCCAGGGGCAAAGGGUACCCCCUCAGUGUGUGCGGACACCCAGGUGGCCCAGGCUGCCAGGAUCUGUUCCCCCUGCGGUGAGUGGUGGCCACCCUGGGCACUGCUGCUUCCCUUUCUAGGUUCCCACACCCGUAUGGGCAGAGACAAACCCCAGGAGGUGGCACGACCAUAGGCCCUGGGGUCUGUGGCGCUGGGGGCCUGGGUGUCUGAGGUGCCUUACACCAUCACUGCAGCUUUCUGUGCCAACUUCAGAGCCAGGUGGCAUGGUCCCCAUUUUGCCGAUGAGAGACUUGAGACUCAGAAAGUUAGUCACUCAGCCCAGGUGGCGAUGGCAGACGCACGAUUCCAAAGGGCUUCGUCUUUUCGAUUGCAGCUAGCGUCAGGUGCAGAGGGCAUCGGGUCUGGCCCAGAGGUCAGAAGUCCUUUGUAGCCGGCAGCUGAUGAACGACGCACGGCGACCUGCUGACCUCUGUGGGCAGGUGGCCUAGCUCAGCCACCACAGCCCCACGUGUCAAGGAUGCACGGGCCCCAUGCCCCCACGUCCUCUCUCAAGUGGCAUGUGUGGUCCUUGCACCCACCCUGCCCUCGUCAGGCCCCAGUAGCCAUCGGGGCUGAUGGGGUCUCAUGAGCCCCUUCCUGCCCUGUCCCCUUGGCUGUGCUGGGCUUUUCCCGGCUCCUUUCAGGAGGCCCCACGGGCAGCCGAACUGCUCUGCCUGGGCGCCAGCCCUGCUGGCUUUCUCCAGUGACCUUUACGUGUGCUUCGGGGUUGCUGGAGGUGACAGCAUGCGGUGCAGAGUGGUUGCACAGCCUCUGGCCGUGUCAAGAGGCUCCAGGCUUGGGCAGGGCUUCUGAUCAGACCGAGGAGAGGCCUCGGCAAGAUAGGAAGUGAGGAGUCAGGCGAUUGCUGACCAGAGGACGGAGGUUUCUGUGGAGAUCGGAGGAACAGGAAGCGUAGGACCCAGAGGAGGGGGCAGUGGGCGGCUGGGGGUGUGGGUGCCUGGCGAGAGAGCCUAUGGUAAAACGUCAGCCGGUUUAGUGCCCUCCUUGGACAAGCAGGGAGACUGAGCCGCCAGUACGUGGCUAUACAGCGCUGGCUCAGCCUGGCCUGCCUCCCCACCCCAGGCGGCUGAGCAGCCCCUCACAGAUGGGGGCAGCGGCCCCGCGGGGUGGGCCUGGCUCUGCAGCAGUGCCGUGGCUGCGCUGUGUCCUGACUGGGCGCACACCACCUCCCUCCUGGCCCCCCACGGUGGGUGCAGGUCGAGCGGGCAGGGCCCGGGGAGCCCAGCAGCACCUCCCCCAACAGACUGUGGCCUUUUGUUUUCGGGGUGACACUAGCAUCAGGCGAUGCGUCUGUGUGACUAAUCUCCGGGCGGGCAGCUGUCACUGGGCAGCCUGAGCAGUCUCGUGGGGAAAGCUGACACCCUGGGGAGGGCUGGCAGGCCGGUGCCCGGGCAGCCGCGGGCAGCGGGCUCCUCCUGCGGAACACAGCAGACCCCGAGUCAGGCAGGCCAGGGCUCGGCUGGCUGCGGCACCAGCUGGCUGUGUCACACGGGCGUGUCCUUUAUCCCUCUGAGGCCCGGUUUCCUCACCUCCAGGACGCCGGGGCUCCUGGUCCUGCCCCAUUCCGGGGCAGUGAGCCAGGGCCGAGCAGGUGUUGGGGGAAGAGCAUGGUUCCCUCCCAAAGCCCGGGCGCCUCAGCCCUGCCGGUGGGCCGAGCGGGAAGACCCUGCCUUCCGCCUGUCUGCUCUGUGCCUUGGGUGCAGGCCAUGCUGUGGAAAGGCGUGGGUCUCCGUGCUGCCUGCCUGUGGGCUCUGGGAAGAUUCCUUGUCUGUGCCUCAGUUUCCUCAGCAGGAACACAGCGUGGGGUUGUUACAGACCAUAGAGCAAGCGUGGGCAAAGGGCUGAGCGUGGUGUUGGGCUCACCUCCUGUCCAGGAUGUCUGGGGUGCCCACGCUUUGGGGUUGUGAGCUGCUGCCCCGCGCCGGGCACUCGCACAGGUUCCCCGGGCCCCACUGCGUCCCUCUGUACCGGUCGCACUAGCUUAGACCCCUCAACCCACCGCUGGCCCGGGGCACCGCCACGCCUGUCCUCGGCCAGGCCCUUGACAGGAACAAGUCUUCCUCCUGUUGGCCCAGGUGGCACUGGUCCGCGGUGUCCCCAGGUUCAGGGCCAGGGCCCAGAGGAAGCCCUGGUGGGGUCAUGGCACUUGGGAGCAUCAUGCCCUUGCCCGGGCGUCAGCGGUGUGUGGGCCCGCUGACCGAGGCCCGUGCACGAGGGCAGGGCUGGGGAGUCGCUAGUGAAGGGAGCCCAGCGUCAGAGUCCGGGGCCACCCCGCCGGGUCGUGGUGUCCCGUGGAUGUCCCCACUCUGCCCCCUCAGAGGUGAGGUCGAGCCGUUGAAAACCAGAAGGCUGUUGGGGCUGCAUACAGGUGCACCCCUGGUCCAGCGCCCUCUCUUUGGCCCAGGCCUCUUAUGCUCCCGAGUGGAGGCCGGAGUGGCUGCCCCCGCAGGGCCGACCCCCCGGUCUCGGAGGCCUGGUUCCCCAGCACCCCUGAGUCUUGAGCCAGACGUCAGAGUCUCUCCAUGUCUUUUUUCCUUUUUUUUUGAGUCUUUCCAUUUCUAAUGCCACCCUCAACCUAGCCCCAGGGCUGGUGCUUCGAGUCUGGGGUCUUCUCAGUACUGCGGGCCUCCACAGAGAGCCGCGCCCAGCUCGUGUUGGGGGCGAAAUCCGCAUCCCGCAGUCAGCCUCAACAGGCUCCACUCCCAGCUCUCUCUCUCCAGCUCCUGGCAGGGGCCAGCGCUCCUGGAUGCUGGUGUGCAGGCCGGGAAGCUUCCCACCCACGACUCCCUGGGCAGCCCAGGGCUCCGCCUGCAGGGGAGAGAGGCCCCGUGCCACAGCCAUCAGUGGUCUUCCUGAGAAGUCUGUGGCCCUUGCACUCGCCUCGUGGAGGCCAGGGUGCCUUCAUACCUUGCUCCCUUCUCUGCCCAUGGGCACCGAUGGGCUGCAGUCUGGCCCCCUCCUGAUGCUCCUGGUCUCUGCCCAACAGCCCAACCCACCCCCGGCAUGGAGACCUUCUUUAGAAAACACUUCCAGUGGAAAGCACAAGGCCCUGGAGAGGGGCGGCGGCGGCCUAGUGGUGCAGGGCUGCCCACCAGCAAGGCCCGGCGCCGCUCACCUGCCGGGCAGGCCUCCUUCUCGCUGGCACAGCGGCGCCGCUCCAGUGCCCAACUCCAGGGCUGCUUCCUAGGCUGUGGGCUAGGUGCCCAGGGUGGCGGCUCCCGCCGGCGUUCUAGCACCGCACCCCCCGCCUGCAACCCCCGCUUCAUCGUGAACAAGGUGCCCACCUUGCAGCCUGCCGCUCUUGGGGCCCAGGGCCUGUGUGCACCCCUGCUGCGGGCUGGACUUGUGGGCAUGGAGGAGGCGGAGCAGGAGGAGGGGGUCCAAGAGGAGGAGGUGACGGCUGGGGCAUCCAGCUCUGCUCAGCCCAGCGCCAGGAUGCCAGAGCCGUCUGUGCACCAGAGUCCCUGGCCGCUGCUGCCUGUGCCUCGGUGUCUGCGCCGGGCAUCCUGCCGCCUGCUCCCCGCCGAGGUGGUGUAUGACCAUGCCCUCUGGGGCCUGCAUGGCCACUAUCGUCGUCUCAGCCAGCGGCGGCCCUCAGGCCAGCAGCCUAGCCCUGGGGCCCGAAGAGCCUCAGGCACCUCCCGGGGCUCCGUGAUCCCUGCCCGGGUGCGCCCGCUGUCCCGCAGGCGCCACGUAGCCCUGCGGCGCAAGGCGGCAGCCGGACCCCAGGCGUGGAGCGCCCUGCUUGUGAAAGCCAUCACCAAGUCGGGCCUCCAGCACCUGGCACCCCCUCCUCCCACCCCCGGGGCCCUGUGUGGCGAGUCGGAGCGGCAGAUACGGAGCACUGUGGACUGGAGCGAGUCAGCCACAUAUGGGGAGCACAUCUGGUUUGAGACCAACGUGUCAGGGGACUUCUGCUAUGUUGGGGAGCAGUACUGUGUCGCCAAGAUGCUGCAGAAAUCGGUGCCCAGGAAAAAGUGUGCAGCCUGCAAGAUCGUGGUACACACUCCCUGCAUCGAGCAGCUGGAGAAGAUAAACUUCCGCUGUAAGCCAUCCUUCCGGGAAUCGGGCUCGAGGAACGUCCGAGAACCGACCUUCGUGCGCCACCACUGGGUACACAGACGACGGCAGGAUGGCAAGUGCCGGCACUGCGGGAAGGGCUUCCAGCAGAAGUUCACCUUCCACAGCAAGGAGAUUGUGGCCAUCAGCUGCUCCUGGUGCAAGCAGGCGUACCACAGCAAGGUGUCGUGCUUCAUGCUGCAGCAGAUCGAGGAGCCAUGCUCCCUGGGCGUCCACGCGGCUGUGGUCAUCCCGCCCACCUGGAUCCUCCGUGCCCGGAGGCCGCAGAAUACCCUCAAGGCCAGCAAGAAGAAGAAGAGAGCCUCCUUCAAGAGGAAAUCCAGCAAGAAGGGGCCUGAGGAGAGCCGCUGGAGACCCUUCAUCAUCAGGCCCACCCCGUCCCCCCUGAUGAAGCCCCUGCUGGUGUUUGUGAACCCCAAGAGUGGAGGCAACCAAGGCGCCAAGAUCAUCCAGUCCUUCCUCUGGUACCUCAACCCCCGGCAAGUCUUCGACCUGAGCCAGGGAGGGCCCAAGGAGGCGCUGGAAAUGUACCGCAAAGUGCAUAACCUGCGGAUCCUGGCGUGCGGCGGCGACGGCACGGUGGGCUGGAUUCUCUCCACUCUGGACCAGCUGCGCCUGAAACCGCCGCCCCCUGUAGCCAUCCUGCCUCUGGGGACUGGCAACGACUUGGCCCGCACCCUCAACUGGGGUGGGGGCUACACGGAUGAGCCCGUGUCCAAGAUCCUGUCCCAUGUGGAGGAGGGCAACAUAGUACAGCUGGACCGCUGGGACCUCCGGGCCGAGCCCAACCCUGAGACGGGGCCCGAGGAGAGAGACGAGGGUGCCACCGACCGGCUGCCCCUGGAUGUCUUCAACAACUACUUCAGCCUGGGCUUCGAUGCCCACGUCACCCUGGAGUUUCACGAGUCUCGAGAGGCCAACCCAGAGAAGUUCAACAGCCGCUUCCGGAAUAAGAUGUUCUACGCCGGGACAGCCUUCUCUGACUUCCUGAUGGGCAGUUCCAAGGACCUGGCCAAACACAUCCGAGUGGUGUGUGACGGAACGGACCUGACCCCCAAGAUUCAGGACCUCAAGCCCCAGUGCAUUGUUUUCCUGAACAUCCCCAGGUACUGUGCGGGCACCAUGCCCUGGGGCCACCCUGGGGAGCACCAUGACUUCGAGCCUCAGCGGCAUGACGAUGGCUACCUCGAGGUCAUCGGCUUUACCAUGACGUCCCUGGCAGCGCUGCAGGUGGGCGGGCACGGCGAGCGGCUGACACAGUGCCGUGAGGUGCUGCUCACCACGGCCAAGGCCAUCCCGGUGCAGGUGGACGGCGAGCCCUGCAAGCUGGCAGCCUCACGCAUCCGCAUCGCGCUGCGCAACCAGGCCACCAUGGUGCAGAAGGCCAAGCGGCGCAGCGCCGCACCCCUGCACAGCGACCAGCAGCCCGUCCCUGAGCAGCUGCGGAUCCAGGUGAGCAGGGUCAGCAUGCAUGACUACGAGGCCCUGCACUACGACAAGGAGCAGCUCAAGGAGGCCUCUGUGCCGCUAGGCACCGUGGUGGUUCCCGGAGACAGCGACCUUGAGCUCUGCCGUGCCCACAUUGAGAGGCUACAGCAGGAGGCCGACGGUGCUGCAGCCAAGUCCCCAACGUGCCAGAAACUGUCGCCCAAGUGGUGUUUCCUGGAUGCCACCACGGCCAGCCGCUUCUACAGGAUCGACCGCGCGCAGGAGCACCUCAACUACGUGACCGAGAUUGCGCAGGACGAGAUUUAUAUCCUGGAUCCCGAGCUGCUCGGGGCAUCGGCCAGGCCCGACCUCCCCACCCCCACGUCCCCCCUUCCUGCCUCCCCCUGCUCCCCUACGCCCCGGUCACUGCAAGGGGACGCUGUGCCCCCUCCAGGUGAGGCGCUGAUCGAGGCCGCCCAGAGGAAUGACUUCUGUAAGCUGCAGGAGCUGCACCGAGCCGGAGGGGACCUCGUGCACCGGGACUCUCGCGGCCGCACGCUCCUGCACCACGCGGUCAGCGCUGGCAGCAAGGAAGUGGUCCGCUACCUGCUGGACCACGCACCCCCGGAAAUCCUCGAUGCCGUGGAGGAGAACGGGGAGACCUGUCUGCACCAGGCAGCGGCCCUGGGCCAGCGCACCAUCUGCCACUACAUUGUGGAAGCCGGGGCGUCGCUCAUGAAGACGGACCAGCAGGGCGACACCCCCCGGCAACGGGCUGAGAAGGCACAGGACACGGAGCUGGCCGCAUACCUGGAGAACCGGCAGCACUACCAGAUGAUCCAGCGCGAGGACCAGGAGACGGCUGUGUAGUCACAGCCCGGAGGCCGAGCAGCCCGAGAGGCCAGGAACGUGAGCUGCCUACGGGCCACCUGAUCGCCACAUUCCAGUUGCCGCAGCGAGGAGGGGGACCGUGCCCCAGGGAAGGAGCCACUCUGGUGACCUAGGGCUGGACUCGGAGGAGCUGGGGCUGUCAUCUGCUUCCCCUCAGCGCCCCCAGCCCAUCCCCCUGGCUCAGGGAGCAGGAACCGGGCAGCUGGGCCACUGCGGGACAGCCUCACCCUCAGCCCGGCAGACGCGCUCCGAGGAUCGGCCCAGGCAGGGCACCGGGCACCGGGUGCUGAGCUUCCGGAAGAGGCUCCGCCGGCCAUCUGGUCCCCAGGGCCCGCCCGCACUCCCAGGAGCUCAGCGCCUCCCCCGACCACCCUCCCGGCUCCUCCCGGAAACAGAGCCUGCUGCGUUGUCCUGCCCUGCCCUGUUGGCACCGACCUUGGUGACCCUCCCCUCCCGUGUACUCAGCGUUUCAUCGUGGACUGUGCGGCCUGGGGGCCGGGGGGUGGGGCGGGUGGGGCUCUCCGGUGACAUGUUUACAGCUGGGUGUGACUCAGUAAAGUGGAUUUCUUUUUUU